GCAUUUGACGUUCAAGAACCACAUUUAUCAUGUUUAUGUUGACUUGUUCACACACGGAAUAACUGGAAAAUAAUUAUGAAUGAUCCAUGUAUUUAGUAUUUGUAAUGUACAGUGUUUAUCCAGUUUUAUUAAAUCAUGAAAUUCUUUAAAUAAUUUUAUAUGUACGCCUAAGCAUGCUAAAGUGUAAAUAUAAUGUUUUUAUAGUCUUCUACAUGGGUUUGUUUACAGUAUGAAUGACAAGGAUAGAGAUAAGCUGCUAAAAGAACAGGAACGUUGGUUUUGCAUUGAAUGCAGAAGCAAACCAGAUAUAUGUGCCAUACCCUCAUUGAUUGAACAAGAAAAGAAGAAACUUCCUUUUUAUAUUGAUAAGUAUAGGAUUAUCCUGCGCUGUCAUUUUUGUAAGCUGAACUUCCACGCAGACUGUGCUGGAUACGAGGUAGCAUUACUGUGGACAGAGGAAGAUAAGGAAGUUUUUUGUAAUCACUGUGCUGACAAUGGACAGCCUAACAACAGUAACAGUUAAAGGAAGGGCGGAUGGGAGGGUGCUGAAACUGAAAGUCAGUAAAUCAAUUCUGAGUUCCCUUCAGUCGCCUAAUGUGUCUAAAGACAUUAAACAAUUAAUUAUAAAUGGUUUAAUCCAAGACCAGAUAAAUGAGGAUGGUAAGAAAUCACCAAGCUCCACAGAAACACAAGUGACCACUGGCACUGUAGGUAGAUUGAUCACCAAGAAUAACACGCCAUCAAAUAGUGAAACUGCCACUGUGAGAGAACCACCAGUCAACACUCCACCAGUCAAUACUCCACCAGUCAAUACUACUGAUGACUCAUUCAAAGUUUGGAAAGAAACAGAAGAAAAAUUUCUGAUUGAUACCCGUCACCAAAUGGAGGAUGCCUUUAAGAAAAAAAGGAAUCAUGGAGAUUUGUGGAAGGAAAUCGCCGAGAAACUUCUGGAUCUGAAUUGCAAGGUAACUCCCAAUCAGUGCUUAUACAAAUACAAUGCCCUAAAAAAAAUGGAAAGAAGUUAUAGAUGCUCCCUCUGGCUCAGAAGCCAAACAUUUCCGACACAAGGAAGAAUUUGAUCAGUUCUAUGGCACCAAAGCUAGUACUAAACCGCAGCAUACCAUUGAUUCAGAUAACAAAACAGAAACAGAAGUUCUGCAAGAUGAUGUUGAUGAUAUGGUAAGCAAGAAGAAAAAGAAGAAGAAAAUGAGGACAAAUAUGAAACAGGAUGUUUGUGGGCUUCUUGAAGAACAACAUACUCAAUUCCUAGACCAGAUGGAAAAAAUGCACAACGAGAAAAUGCAGAAAUUCGAUAAAUUUCUUGAAAUACUGUCUAAAAAGUGAUCAAAAACUUUUAGAUCCCAGUUGCUUAUAGUCGGACUUUGAUUUUUUUCUAUUAUAGUGCUGCACUGAUAGAGUAGUACUAAAUGACCUGUUUGAUGUUGGCAAAAGGAUGAGUUCAAUUAAUUUUUUAAAGCUUUUGGGCAAAAAAUGCUGAAAAUCUUUUUUGUUUUUGCGGGCAAGGUCUAUUUUUUGUUUAAAAGUAUUUGUACCAUUAUAUUUUGCUUCCGACAUUUAAAAGGGGUCUAUGUUAGGUUGAGUAUCAUAUAUAUUUAACUGUCAGAUAUGAUUAAUACAAAAAGAAUAGAUUGAAAUUGUUAAACAUUUCUUACAAAGAGCUAAGUUUUUUCCUAAAUCAAUAUUGUUUUAUAGUGACCCUUAAAUAUAUCAUAUUGACACUAAGUAAGUGAGCAAUGAGAUAAAUGUGCCUCUUUUGUUGUUGAUUUUUUUGUUAUUUAUAAGUUUGCAUAUUUUUUUACAGUUGUUUUUGUUAUCCCCAUUGCAAAUACCUACAUUGUGAUAUUAUCAUGACAUUAUCAAGUCGUACAUUAAUGUGAUAUGUCAAUGUCAUAUGCCAAGUCAAUUUCCGGUGUUAUACAUGUAUUGGGGAAUCUUAUUUUUUUUUAUUGGUUAAAUUGCUCAGGGAGAGUUCCAUGAAUAAAAUGAAAUUUAC